AUGACUUCUGUGGUGUCCCUUGACAAUGCAACAUUCAUUCGCCCCCCCGCAUUUUACAUCAGUGGAUUAUCCAACGUGCCUCAUUCAAAGUAUUACUAUAUGUUUUUGUGUUUUGUGUACGCUGUGACUGUUUUAGGAAAUUCUUUUAUAAUGGGCACUAUAUACCUGGCACGCACUCUGCACACAGCUAAGUAUAUAGCUGUCUUCAACUUAGCCUUGUCUGAUCUGUGUGGAAGCUCUGCUCUUAUUCCAAAGUAUGCAGACAUGUUUCUGUUAGAGAACCAGUACAUAUCUUAUGAAGACUGUCUGACAAGCUUGUUUUUUGUUUUUCUUUUUAUGAGCUUGCAGUCCUUUACUCUGCUUGCUUUGGCCUUUGACAGAGUAAUUGCUAUAUGUUUUCCUCUGAGGUAUCAUGCUAUUGUGACUAAAAGCACAAUGACUCUGAUCAUUGGCGUUUUGUGGCUUUUUGCAGUCACUAUCAUUACCCUCAUGGUUUCUCUCAUUACCAGACUGUCCUUCUGUAGAUCUAUCACAGUUGGCAGUUAUUUCUGUGAUCAUGGCCCUGUCUUCAAACUAGCCUGUAAUGAUAAUACUCCUAAUUUCAUGAUGGCCUAUGCUUAUAUUGCUUUUGUUCUUUGCAUUCCAUUGUUGCUAAUAGCUAUCUCAUAUGUUUGUAUUGGUGUUGCAUUGCUUAAAAUCUCACAGGGUGCAGAGCGAAUUAAAGCUAUGAAAACCUGCACUUCCCACCUCAUAUUGGUGGGCAUGUUUUAUUUACCAAUUUUUAGCAUUUAUAUGUCUACUCUUACAACACAAGUACAUCCGAAUACUAGAAUAAUUAACUCAGUGUUAGCACAAGCAAUUCCUCCUAUGUUAAACCCCAUCAUAUAUACUCUGAAGACAGAAGAGGUAUUGCAGUCUAUUAAAGUACUCUACAAGCGAACUAAGGUGAACUUUGCAAUGGAAGAUCCUUUAAAAAGCAUGGCAAAGCAUUAA